GGGAGAAAGAAUGUUGAAUACUAGAGUUGGUGGUGGUUAAAUAGAGAAACUUUAAUUGGUGAAGAGAAUUUGACCAUGGCGUCAACUUCUUGUGCCAAACAGAGUCCACUGCCGACGAAAGUACCAUCAUCUACUGAUCAUCCAACUCGUCUUGUAACAUAUGAGGAAAUCGUAGCUAGUCCGAAGCUCUUCAUAUCUACUCUUGAGAAGCUUCAUGCUACCGUGGGAACCAAAUUUAUGAUCCCCACUAUUGGAGGGAAGGAGUUAGAUUUGCAUCGGCUCUUUGUGGAGGUUACUUAUCGUGGUGGUAUUGAGAAGAUUCUCAAGGAGAAAAGAUGGAAAGAAGUUACUGCUGUAUUCAACUUUCCUUCCACAGCAACGAAUGCAUCUUUUGUGCUGCGCAAAUACUAUGUUUCGUUGCUUCAUCAUUAUGAACAAAUUUACUAUUUUAGAUCCCAGGAUUCUUGGCAGAGCCCGUCAACCACACCAAUACUAGAUCAAGGGACAGUGCAGCCAUCAUCAGAUGUUCCAGCCUCCAUUAUCCAGCAACCAAAGAUUAAUCCUACUGAGUUGCCUACAGCAAGACCAGCAUCAACUUCAGGAUAUCCAGUGAUAGGGUUCAUUGAUGGGAAGUUUGAAAGUGGCUAUCUCGUCACUGUCACUAUAGGUUCAGAGAAGCUAAAAGGUGUUCUCUAUCAGUCUGCACUGGGCCCUGUACAGCACGUGCAACCAUCUCAUAAUGUAUACGCAAACAAUUCUGCCAAUGCUUGUGCAGUCUCUGGAGUACAACGUCACCGUCGCAGGAAGAAAUCAGAGAUUAAGAGGAGAGACCCUGCUCAUCCAAAACCUAACAGAAGUGGGUAUAAUUUCUUCUUUGCGGAGCAACAUGCACGACUGAAGCCACUACACCCAGGGAAGGACAGGGAGAUCAGUAGAAUGAUUGGUGAAUUGUGGACCACAAUUAACGACUCUGAAAAGGCUAUUUAUCAGGAGAAAGCUGUUAAAGAUAAAGAAAGGUACAGAAUAGAGAUGGAGGACUAUCGGGAGCGACUGAGGACGGGUCAAGUCAUCAGUGAUGCUAUACCACUACGACAGCGUCUUCCAGGACAAGAGGCAGAUUUGAUUGAAGCAGAAACAAAGCCUGACAAAAUUGAAGAUUCUCCUCAAACUCCAGAAAAUGAUAGUAUCUCCGUUGAAAGUGAUUUUGAAGAUGAUAAGGCUACAGGAAAGGAUUUGCAUAUCAAGGCAUCUCAGGCAGUGGGAGUAGAUUCUGAAUCUGGGAAUGUUGGUGUCGAAGUUUCAGCGGAGGAGCCCCCGUUAAACUGGCCUAAGGUUGACGAUAAUGUUGGACAUAAUAGGGUUGAUAGUGUUGGUAAUGAUAUUACAAGAGAUGCUCUUGUCGAAAAAGCUGGUAACAAAGGUGGAGAAAGCUUAGUUCUCAGCUGAUACACCAGCGGAGACAACAACUAAUGAAUGUAGCUCAAUGUAAGUUAGUUUGACUAUGCUGGUUCAUUGUAACUUGUUUAGUGCCGUUGUUCUAUUUCAUUUAAAGUUUCCGUAGUAGUUUGUUGUUUCAAUUAGGGAGUGUAUUAAUGAUUAAGCAGGGAGCAAGGAGAGAUGUGUAGCCAAUUCAAGGCAGUUUUGUGGUUAGAAAUGAUAUGGGAUCAGUUCACACAUGGAUGGCCUUGCAGUUGUUAAAAUUAGUGAAUUUCAUAAUCCUCUUCCAAAUAUAUUUGUUUUAGCUUGAAUCAUACUUUGAUGUUUGAGUUCUGAGUU